UGAAUGUAAGACUAAUCAAAAUUAUGAUGUGGUAUCAAUCGCAUUCUUGUAACGAAGAGAAAUGAAGCAAAGCUCGGUGAUGGCAAAUGAAGAAGAAUUGGACUCGGGGGAAAAGGUUGAAGAUGCUGUCUUAUUUGGUGUUAAUGAUAACCCCCCUCCACAUCUGACAGUUUUGUUUGGAUUACAGCAAGCUCUGAUGUGUAUUGGGGGUUCGCUUUCUCUUCCGUAUAUUUUGACAGCUUUGCUCUGUCCGAUGGAUGAGCAGAAUGUGAGAGCACAUCUUCUCAGCAUUACCAUGUUCAUGUGCGGGGUAGCAACUGUGUUGCAGUGUUUCCUAGGAGUGAGAUUACCCAUAAUCCAAGGCGGUUCUCACACAUUCGUAGCUCCAAUUGUUGUAAUGAUGUCUUUAGAAAAGUUCCGAUGUCAAGAAAAGGCUGAAGGACUUGAUGCGCAAUCGAGCAAUGAUACGGUGGUUGAUUGGACCGUCAGGAUGCGUGAGAUACAGGGAAACCUGAUCCUAGCCUCCCUGACGCAGGUGUUGGUUGGGAGUUUCGGUAUCAUUGGAACCAUUUUACGGUUUGUCGGGCCUCUAACUAUUGCUCCUACAGUGUCACUGAUUGGUCUCUCUCUGUCACAUGUUGUAGCCAUGUUCUGUGAAACACAUUGGGGAAUUUCCAUGUUAACCUUAUUUUUUCUACUAUUGUUUUCUAUAUUUAUCAACAAAGUGGAAUUACCGAUUCCUUCAUUUUCACUCAAACGGAAGUGCCAUACGAAGAAGCUUCCGAUAUUCCAAUUGUUUCCUGUAGUGUUUUCUGUCGCCAUUGUUUGGUUAUUCAGUCACGUGCUAACUGUAACAGAUGUCCUUCCUAGCAACAGCACGAUUAUAGAAUCAAAAGCCAGAACGGACUCCAAAAUGGAGAUUAUGACAAAAGCUCCUUGGUUCACAAUUCCUACGCCAUUUCAGUUUGGUAUUCCAACAAUAAGCAUGGCUGGAUAUAUGGGAAUGCUGGCAGCAACAAUUUCCUCGAUAAUCGAGUCAGUUGGAGACUACUUUGCGGCUGCGCGGUUAUCUGGGGCUCCACUUCCGCCUGCGCAUGCUAUAAACCGGGGAAUUACAUUCGAGGGUGUGUCUAGCAUAAUUUCUGGAUUGGUUGGAGCGGGUCACGCCACUACCUCAUACAGCGGGAACAUUGGAAUCAUUGGAAUAACAAAGGUGGCCAGCAGGACGGUGUUUAUUACUGCUGGCGUCAUUCUGAUGGUUUGUGGAGUGAUAGGGAAGUUAGGAGCGGCCCUAGCAAUCAUACCGGAACCUAUCAUCGGAGGGACCCUAUUACUGGGCCUAGGAAUGGUGGCGUCCAUUGGCAUUUCAGUCCUACAGUUUUGUGACAUGUCCUCGACCAGAAACAUCACCAUUUUGGGAGUGUCUUUUCUAAUGGGGCUUAUGAUCCCCGAAUGGUUGUCUGAAAACUCUGAAAAAGUCAAAACAGGUUCGGAUGAAUUGGACCAAGUGAUUCGAGUUUUGUUCGGAACAGCGUCCUUUGCGGGAGGUUUCAUAGGGUUCCUGCUGGAUAAUAUUGUCCCUGGAUCCAAACAUGAAAGAGGCAUCGACAGAUGGGUGAAACUUUCUAACAAUACAGAAUCCGAACCGGAAGCAGACGGAAUAUACGAAUUACCUUUUAUUACCAAAUACAUCAGACGAAUCCGAUUCUGCCAAUUUUGCCCAAUAUCUCCAACUUUCGUAAAAUUUAGGAAAACAUAUCUCAAGAUUCCAAUUCCUCUAGAGGACAAAGACUCGAAAUCAGAAAGAGAGAAUUGUAAGAGAAGUCUAGAUGAUUUGUAUCCAGAUGAUUGAUUAAAAAGCAGUUCAAUUUAAA